ACUUCUCUCAUCAAAUCAAAUUGCAUUUAAUAUCUCAAAUCCAAUUUUCUCGUCCGAGUUUUAUUUUCUCAGCAACUUUCCGGGAAAAUGUCUGGCCGUGGAAAGGGAGGCAAGGGGUUGGGCAAAGGGGGAGCCAAACGGCACCGAAAGGUUCUCCGCGAUAACAUCCAGGGCAUCACCAAGCCCGCAAUUCGCCGGCUGGCUCGCAGGGGUGGUGUGAAGCGUAUUAGUGGGCUGAUCUAUGAGGAGACCCGCGGAGUCCUGAAGAUAUUUCUUGAGAACGUGAUUCGUGACGCAGUAACAUACACCGAGCACGCGCGGAGGAAGACUGUCACGGCUAUGGAUGUCGUUUACGCCUUGAAGAGGCAAGGAAGGACUCUGUACGGGUUUGGAGGCUAGAUUUGUGUAUGCUUGGGGGUUUAUUAGGGUAGGAGGGUAGUUUUCUUAGUGUUGGUUGUGGAUCUUGGCUAUAGAUCUGGUUUCUGUGGGUUUUUCCUCUGUUCAUGUGUUCCUGUAAUUCGCAGUGUCAGUUUCUGUAAUUCGCACUUUCUAUUUGGAAGUAAUAGAAUCUAUUGUUUUUUGAAA